UAAAUCAGACAUUACAGAUUUUUGCCCCACCUUAUUCGUUCCUGCCCCGCUCUUUCUUCCAUCCUAGUCAUAUAGACCAGCCUGUGCAUCGUGGCAGUGUCAGUAUUAGUUUGUUCACGCUCGUGUAAAGAAUUAUUAAACGCACAGUUGUAAUUAGUAAAAUAUGAGUGAAUCGUACGACAUCGAAGAGUACUACAAGGUCGCCGAAGGACUUGUUUUAAAAGCGGGACAUGUGAUCGAAAAUGCCAUUAAUUUAAAUAAAAGUGUUAAAAGUAAAGGGAUCGACUGGGACCUUGUCACAGAAUAUGACAGAGAAAUAGAAGACGACUUACAAAAACAACUGUCAAAAAUGUAUCCUAAUCAUAGAUUUAUUGGUGAGGAAACAACUGCUAAAGAGAAUUGUUUGCCAAAAUUGAGCAAUGAACCAACAUGGAUUAUAGAUCCUAUAGAUGGCACAACAAAUUUUGUUCAUCGAUUUCCACACACAUGUAUUUCGUUAGCAUUAUUGAUAAAUAAAAGAAUAGAAAUUGGAAUGGUGUACAAUCCUUUAAUGCGACAAUUUUUUUCUGCGAAGCGACAAAAAGGAGCUUUUCUAAAUGGACACCCUAUAAAAACAUCAAAUAUAACAGAUCUCUCACAAACACUAGUUGCAAUGGAACCAUGGAUUGCCAAAGACCCAAAGUAUUUAGUUAGCAUAUAUAACAGAAUGCACGCUUUAAUUCAAGGAACUCAUGGGAUAAGAUCAUUAGGUACUGCUGCUCUGACAUUAUGUUAUGUGGCAAUGGGUGCAAUAGAAGCAUAUCACGUUGAAAGUAUAGAUGCUUGGGAUGUUGCUGCAGGCAAACUAAUAAUAGAAGAAGCAGGAGGAAUAGUAAUAGACACUGCUGGUGGAGAAUUAAAUUUACUAAUACCAAAAGUUAUAGCAGCUUGCAAUCAUCAGAUUGCUAAUCAACUAGUCGAUUUAUUUAAAACUGCUGACUUGAAAGCUACUGAUAAAAAUUUGAAAUGAAUUGUUAAACAGAAACCUUCAAAUUUAUUUUAACUUUAAGUGCAAUAUGAAUAGUACAUGUUACAUAAUAUGGAUUAUAAAUAAAAUAAGUACUAAUUUCAAUAAGUUCAUGUUCCUUGCUCUCAACAGACUUUUUAGCAAUGAAUGUUAUAUUAUAGAUGACAUAUACAUGCAAAAAUAUUCACUUUUAUUCAAUAAUG